UGUUGAUCACAAAUUUACCUUUUUGUUCAGUAUUGCAAUUCCCAUUCAAAAUAGAGUUGUCCUGAAAUCUUAGAUUUUGUGACAAAAAAGUGACUCUCUUCUACUCUACGUAAACUAAAUUGAUCCAUCUGCAAAUAUAACUAAUUUGCUUUGUUUGGAAAUGAAACUCAAUUUUGAAGAGUUCGACAAUUUCCGAAGCCUUUCUAGCAAUGACACAGAAUUAUUGGAGGCCGAACUUGCAAGAAAUUAUACUCGAGUGAAAAGUGUGAUUAUAUUCAGACACGGUCAUAGAACGCCAUUUAAGUACCGAAAGCUGAUCUCGAAUACCCUGAAUGAGCGAUUUGAAGAGUCUUUCUUCGACAAUUUGGACCCGAAUUGCUUCGAUGGGGUCAAUGACCUUCAAUACGAGAAUGUGAAAUUGGUGGUUUUUCCUGAAGAGUGUGAGAAGUUUACAGCAGCGAGAAAUGAAAUGGAGAUUCUAACUGUCACUGACCGUAGCGGAAAACUGACUUCAAAAGGAGCAAAACAACUGCGAUCACUCGGAAAACGACUCAAAACUCGCUACACUUCCGAAGUUGAACGUAUAGCGAACUCAUGCACGGAAGGCGAGCAGCCGAGUCAAAGAGUCUGCGCGUUUUCGUCCCGGACCGAGCGAACAGUUGAGUCGUUGCGCUGUUUGCUCGGCGGGUUGUUUGAGCAGGAGCAAACGGGUCCGCGACAGAACCCGAAAAUCAAAACUUGGGUUUUCGAUAAUGCCGACGAAAAUUGGCUGCUUGUUCCCUUCAAACGUUUCCCGGAACUUCGAGACUCGUGUCACAAAGCCAACUCCUACAAUUUCAUGGUGCGCGAAAUUCCUGGUUUCCAGAAAUGGGCACUUGACUUCGCCUCUCGAUUUGAAGUCGCAGAAGAAUCAAUCGACCUUCAGAAUGUGAGGGACUAUGUCACUUCGUUUCUGACCUUUGACCUCGACGGAGUUUCUGCAGAUGAGCAAAAAAAGCGGUAGCUUCUCUGCCUUUUGAUGAUGAAGAUUUGUGGAGCAGCAGCAAAAUGCUGAGUUACGUCAUCACUGCUGAAAAAAUCCUGGCCCAAAAUGGAGUGGCAAAGUCAUGCUCACGACUCUUCCAGAAUAUUCUCAAUUCUCUCGACGUCGAAAACCCGUUCAAGUUGAUUUUUCUUAGCGGCCACGACACGACAAUUAACUCUAUUCGGGUAGCUUUGCAAGCACAGGAUUAUUCGUGGCCCGAAUUUGCAGCAAGCAUCGCUUUCGAGCUGUACCGAGAUAUGGAAACUGCUGAACUGAAAUUACUCGUACUGUUUGAUUUUGUACCAGUGAUUUUGAACAAAAUAUCAGACGAUGUAUUGAUAGAGCUCAAGAUGUUUGAAGAGUAUGUAAAAUUUAAUUUGUCAAUUUGAACUUAAUUUUCAAUCAGUCUGUAAUUUGUAUAACGAUUUGUGGUACUAGAUAUUGUCUGAAAUAUUUUCAGCAAAACUGUUUCAGGAAAAGGCAUGAAAAUUGAUCUUCACUUUUGCAAGAUCGAUUAAAUGCUAACUGAUUAUUACAAAAGUUAACUGCAUGGCUUCAUUCCUGAUUCAAACUGAUUAAAUAAUUUAAAUGCGUAAUUUAACUGACUAUCAA